AUGGAUUCCGCAACAAAUCUGUUGGAGCGCAACAGCUCGGGCAGCAAUGUGAACGUGGAUAAUGAGACAUCAAACAGCAACUCUGGCAAUGCCGAUUCGGGACUGCCCUCUUCGGUGGACAUCGUGGACACGCCUUUGGCGGAAGGUAUUGGGGCUGACGAUGAACAGGAUAUUUUCGAGCAGGUGACAAUGAUUCUACGCAAGCGACGUGGCUGGGGAGCAGCGGAUUCCCUUAGCCAAAAUGGCCUUGAUCUAGAUUUGCUCGAGGACGACGACGACGAGCUGGUCGAGGAAGAUGACGCAGGCUGUCCAUUGCCCUCAACUCCAGAAGACACGCAGCUAAUUGAAGCCGAGAUGACGGAAGUACUAAAGGCCGGUGUCCUCUCAGAUGAGAUCGAUUUGGGUGCCCUGGCCCAUAACGCCGCCGAGCAAGCUGAAGAGUUUGUACGUAAGGUCUGGGAAGCCAGCUGGAAGGUUUGCCACUACAGAAAUUUACCCAAAUGGCUGCAAGAUAACGACUUUUUGCAUCGUGGGCAUCGUCCGCCUCUACCUUCAUUCCGUGCUUGCUUUAAAUCGAUAUUUCGCUUGCACACAGAGACUGGCAACAUCUGGACGCAUCUGCUAGGCUGCCUGGCGUUUAUUGGCGUGGCAGCCUACUUUGUAUCUCGUCCAACUGUUGAGAUACAGUUUCAGGAGAAGCUCGUAUUUGGAGCAUUCUUUAUAGGCGCAAUCAUUUGCUUGGGAUUCUCGUUUGCUUUUCAUACAUUGAGCUGUCACUCGGUAGAGAUUGGAAGACUGUUUUCAAAACUGGACUAUUGUGGAAUUGCUUUGCUUAUAAUGGGCUCCUUUGUACCUUGGCUUUACUAUGGCUUCUAUUGCCACUACCAGCCAAAGGUGAUAUAUUUAUCUGUAGUUUCCGUGCUAGGAUGUCUCUCUAUCAUUGUCUCCCUAUGGGACAAAUUCUCGGAGCCAGCACUGCGCCCACUACGCGCCGGCGUCUUUAUGAGUUUCGGACUAUCUGGCGUCAUACCAGCCAUACAUUACAGCAUUAUGGAAGGCUGGAUUAGUCAAAUCAGCCGUGCCAGCCUCGGCUGGCUUAUACUGAUGGGUCUGCUGUACAUACUUGGUGCUUUAUUGUAUGCUCUGCGCGUUCCAGAGCGUUGGUUCCCUGGCAAAUUUGAUAUAUGGUUUCAAUCGCAUCAGCUUUUCCAUGUGCUCGUCAUUGCAGCCGCCUUUGUGCAUUACCACGGCAUCUCCGAGAUGGCAAUGUAUCGUGUCACUGUCGGCGAAUGUACCGUUCCAAUGGAGCCUAUAACAUUCUAAAAAUUCUUUGCUAAUGCCAAGUAGUACAUUCAUUAUACCCACAUUCACACACACACACACAAACACCAACACCAACAUACACAUGCACAUAUACACAAUCAAUCACACACGAUUACUUAUCAAAAACUUAGAGCAGUUUAACAAUGCAGCCAUUUUAGCGUUGGCUCGUCUUUGUUCUUUGUUGUACGGGAAAAUCUACGUUCAUGAUAAACACGCGGAAAACUUUACCGGAAUGGUUAAAAAUAUGCAUUACAAGAUACAUAGAGAGGAGCUGUUUUAUUACUAUAAUCGAAUGAAAUCUGUAGUAGUUAUAAUAAUAAUAUACAAUUAUUUAUAAAAUA